AUGGCCACAGCCGCCGCCACCCACGCUGCGCUCCGCGUCGGCAUGAAGUUCAACCCUACGCCCAAGGACGCCGUCGACUUCUACCUCCGGCGCCGGGUCCUCGGCCAGCCGCUGCCGGACACAGCCGGCCUCAUCCACGAGGCGAGGGUUUACGGAUCGGAGCCCAAGGACCUCGCGGCAGCGUUCCCUCGGCUUCCCGGAACCCAUGAGCGCUUCUUCUUCACGACGUGCAAGCGGCAGAAAGCCGGGCGCGGCCACAAGAUCUCGCGCACCGCCGGCGCCGGCGGCUGGACUUCGAACGGCAAGAAGGUGAUCGAGAACAACGCCGGCGAGAAGAUCGGCUUCCGCGAGAACCUUCGCUACUCGUACAAGGACGAGAGCAGAGAGUCGGAUUGGUUGAUGGAGGAAUACCACAUCUGCGGCCUGGACCAGUUCGCCGUCGUCGACGGGGAGGAGUGCGUCCUCUGCAAGGUCUACGUCUCGCCUGGUUUGAAGCCGGGGUCCGUCACGCUCCAGCAAUCUGAAGCAGGGGAUCGUCUUCUUGCUGGAAGUGGAGUUGCCGGAGCACAUGCCACGAUGGCCGUGCAGCAGCAAACGCCUCGACCACCACAAGAACCACGGCAAUCGCACGUGAUCCAGAGGCCAGCGCCGCCGCGUCCGCAAGAAGCAAGGCAGCCGCAGGUGUUCCACAAGCCACCAGUGCCGCGUGCCCUUGAUAAACGUCGCGUCGCGGUGACCACCACGUCCACGCAGCAAGCGCCCAAGCGGCCGGCGCAUCCCAUCGCCGAGCCACCGCGCCCCAAGCGGAUCCGCGCUGCUGUCCCCGCAUCCGCAGCACUGUCGGCUGUCAACGCGGCAGUUCGACAAGCCAUCGAUGGGUGUAACUCUAUGAAGCGACCGUCUUCGCACCCACCGGCUUUCCUGUCGGCGCCGCCGCCUCAGCACCACGCGACGAUGAACACUCGUAAAUCAAAUCACUCGCUGACAAAGGACAUGGACGACUUCGCGAGGUCAUUGGAGACCGAUCUUGAAGUGGCAGCUGACCAGAGCACCAUCCAACAAGGAGGCCACCAGAGCACGAUCCAAGAAGAAGCUAGCGAAGACGAGCUGGCCAGCAGGCUGGAGUCGCAGCCGCAAGAGGUCGACAUGAGCGACCUGUUGAGCUGGUUUGAUGCCGACGCAGAAGAGUUGCCAGAGAACAGCGAACUGCACGUCCAAGAUGAACAAGAAGGCCAACAUGAGCACGAACAUGAGCAUGCGAGGUCACUGGAUGGCUUGGUGGUUGACGAGCGAGGAGACGACUUGAUAGCACAAGACUUGUUCGAUGUGCUCGACGACAUCAGCAAUGGCGAUGAUCUGAUCAGUGACGGUGGAGACAAGGACGAUUGGCUCAACCUGCCUCUUUCGGCCUACAAUGGUAUCAUGUACUGA